UCACCGCACUAAUUAAAUGCCAUCUGGGUGGUUCCUCUGGGUUUUUGAGCCCAUCACCCAGUUCAGACCAAGUCAGAGUCCAAGGAGGAGAACAUGAUGAUGGACCUUUUUGAAACUGGCUCCUAUUUCUUCUACUUGGACGGGGAAAAUGUUACUCUGCAGCCAUUAGAAGUGGCAGAGGGCUCUCCUUUGUACCCAGGGAGUGAUGGUACCUUGUCCCCCUGCCAGGACCAAAUGCCCCCGGAAGCUGGCAGCGACAGCAGCGGAGAGGAGCACGUCCUGGCGCCCCCAGGCCUGCAGCCCCCCCACUGCCCCGGCCAAUGUCUGAUCUGGGCUUGCAAGACCUGCAAGAGAAAAUCUGCCCCCACUGACCGGCGGAAAGCUGCCACUCUGCGCGAGCGGAGGCGCCUAAAGAAAAUCAACGAGGCCUUCGAGGCACUGAAGCGGCGGACUGUGGCCAACCCCAACCAGAGGCUGCCCAAGGUGGAGAUUCUGCGGAGCGCCAUCAGCUACAUUGAGCGGCUGCAGGACCUGCUCCAUCAGCUGGAUCAGCAGGAAAAAAUGCAGGAGCUAGGGGUGGACCCCUUCAGCUACAGACCUAAGCAAGAGAAUCUUGAGGGUGCGGAUUUCCUGCGCACCUGCAGCUCCCAGUGGCCAAGCGUUUCGGAUCAUUCCAGGGGGCUCGUGAUAACUGCCAAGGAAGACCUCACACUUGUGGUUAAAAGUGAAGAAUAUCCAGGAGGAAUCUGCCCUCUUCUCCUUUAUCACCAUCUUUUUUAUGUUUUCAACUGUCCUAUACCUGGAGCUCUGGGUGAGAUUUACUUACCCAGAGUUAACAACUGAAUUUUCAACCCAGUAAAAUCUCAUUGUUGCAAGAGAUAGCCACACAAAAACUUGGAUUUGCCUAAAAAGCUCUUCAGCUAAUUUACCCCAAAUUACUUUGCCUCUGACUUUCCAGGCCCGGCCCUUCACCAAGAAGCCUUCCUCUGGAGGACCCAGGGGCUGCACUGGCCUCCCAGCCAGGUCGCUGGCCCCUCCCUAGUUUUCUUGAACUAGACUGGUUAGAAGACUGGAAUACCAUCCAGGCCUCGUGUGGCUGGGGUUUGUUUUGCAAAUAGAAAGAUAAAAGAAGGGAACAAUCUGUUUCUUGAGGUGGGGGAAAGCUUCAAGAGAGGGAAGGGUUAAAUGGCUGAGGGCAAAAGACAACAACAACGCACAUGAAACCUCUUAGCUGGACCAAAUAGCAAAGCCCCCAGAGAGGCUUGAAGCCCCAGGAGCUCCUCACGGCCAGGAUUUUACAACGUGUGCCAGGUUUGUUUAUCCUGUAACUUCAGGAAGAAACGACCACCAAGAAUCACAGUGGGAAGUGAAGCGGAGGAGAGGGCCAGCCAUUUCUCUGGAAUCGCUGUUUCUCACUUGCAUUCUGUAAAUGGCACCUUCACUCCCAACACCCCUCCCCACCCUUGACUUCUUCCUUCCUUUUCCCCACAGCUGGUCCUCAGUUUACAAAUGUGAAAAUCAAACCGAAUCCAAUAUUUCCCAGCCCAACCUUGCUUCCUAACACUCCAGUCUGGACGUUCCUUUUGCACACCACAGAAGUUCCAGAUACCACCGCAGACAGCGCCCCCUGCAGGCACGGAGCAGUAUCGUGCCCCUUUUCUAUCUCCAAGGGCCUCUUUCUGGGGGUGAUAGUUACUCUGUCUUCUGAGCACCUGGAUAAUGCUCGUUUCUCCUAGAAUGCUUAUAAAGUGCAGAAAGGUUCACAGAGAAAACUGACAUUGACAUACAAUCUCUCCCAGAGGUUUGAGAAAAGCAGGUGGGAGUGUUAUGGCUGCAAACUGCUGAGUUGAUGUGGGCGCUGCCUACUUAGAUUGAACCCGGGUUGCUCCUGUGUAGCCUUGGGCUAUCCCAGCUCCUCCCUUCUUCCCGUUUCCUCAUUUAUAAAAUAAUGGUGAGGACAAUAACGGUGCUUAACUCGGGGGUGUGAAGAUUUCGGUGAGAUAAAACACAUAAAAGCUUUAGCCAGAGCAGAGCACCGAACAAAUACUCAAUGUGGGCUCUCUGUAUUUUUCAUUAAUAAAUCUACAUUGACCAUCAAA